UUCUGGCCCUUAGUCUCUUAAACCCUAUGGCUCUGCAACUGCAAGAAAACGGAGGUUUAAACCUCGGCACCAGACACCAAGGCCCUGUCAACCUAACCAUGUUCUUACUUGAUCAACAAGACAACUCAUAUUUUCUGGAGGCAUUAAAGCGGUUUCGUUAUCAGUAUUUUAUGCAAGCGGAAUUUUCAGAGAUUCUGUUUUUGUUGAAUUUAUGGCUGUCCCUAGAUUAUCCGCCUGCGUAGUUAUGGCUGCGGCUGCUGCGUCAUUGCCGACGAUCGCCAAUCGCACCUACGCCGACUAUCCCUUUCGCUUCUCACCUUUCUCUUCUUCUCAUACCUCUCAGGAGGAUAAGUCCUCUGAUGAGAAAUCGGACGCUAAACCCGCCGUUGAGGAGCCGAGUAAGUCUGGAUUUGAUGCUGAAGCAUUGGAAAGAGGCGCUAAAGCUCUCCGAGAAAUUAAUAGUUCCCCCAAUGCUAAAAAGGUCUUUGAGCUGAUGAAAAACCAGGAACAAGCGCGUCUUGCUGAGGUGGCUGCUGAAAAGGCCCAUUACGAAGUCAUUCAAGCUCAAGCAGAUAUAGUAGAUUUACAGGAUAGACAACGGAAAUUGGCUGAAGAACAGAGAAAUCUUAUUCAACAACAAGCUCAGGCAAAGGCACAAAUGCUGCGCUAUGAAGAUGAGUUGGCUAGAAAAAGAAUGCAGACUGAUCACGAAGCUCAAAGGCGACAUAAUGUUGAGUUAGUUGGAAUGCAAGAACAAUCAUCUAUAAGAAAAGAACAAGCAAGACAAGUAACUGAGGAGCAGAUACAAGCACAACAACGACAGACCGAGAAAGAGAGAGCUGAAAUAGAGCGGGAAACCAUACGAGUGAAGGCCAUGGCAGAGGCUGAGGGUCGUGCACAUGAAGCAAAGCUGACUGAAGAUCAUAACCGCAGAAUGCUUAUGGAACAAAUAAGUGGAGAGAAAGAAAAAUGGCUUGCUGCAAUUAACACGGCUUUUAGUCAUAUUGAAGGGGGUGUAAGGAUUUUACUAACUGAUCGGAAUAAGUUGGUUUUGACUGUUGGUGGAGCUACUGCAUUAGCUGCGGGAGUAUACACUACCAGGGAAGGUGCAAGAGUUAUGUGGGGUUAUGUUAAUAGGUUAUUGGGUCAGCCAUCCCUCAUUAGAGAAUCCUCUGUUGUAAGGUUUCCAGGUUUCAAGAUAAUACCCUGGGUAAAGAACAAAGCUGCUGCAUUUUCUACAGGAGCUGGGGCGGCAUCAUCUCUCGCAGAAUAUAAAAAUGAUCUUGGGAAUGUUGUCCUCCAUCCUUCACUUAAAAGGAGAAUUGAACAACUUUCGAGAACUACUGCAAACACCAAGGCUCAUGAGGCACCCUUCCGUAAUAUGCUAUUUCAUGGACCUCCCGGGACCGGGAAAACUAUGGUUGCGAAAGAGAUAGCCCGAAAAUCAGGUUUGGAUUAUGCCAUGAUGACUGGAGGAGAUGUUGCACCUUUAGGUCCACAAGCCGUUACAAAAAUACACCAAAUAUUUGACUGGGCUAAAAAUUCAAGGAAAGGCUUACUGCUUUUCAUCGACGAGGCUGAUGCUUUUCUCUGCGAGCGCAACAGUACACAGAUGAGUGAAGCUCAGCGAAGUGCUCUAAAUGCAUUGCUGUUCCGAACCGGUGAUCAAUCGAGAGACAUAGUUCUUGUACUUGCAACAAACAGACCGGGCGAUCUCGACAGUGCCGUGACUGACCGAAUGGAUGAAGUCAUUGAGUUUCCACUCCCUGGUGAGGAAGAACGCUUCAAACUGCUGAAGCUUUAUCUAAACACGUACCUAAGCAAUCAAAAUGAAGCCAAAUCCAAUCAAGCAUUCUCAUUCAAGAAAAUCCCCCAACAAAUAACCAUAAGAGACAUAACCGACGACAUUCUUCGAGAUGCAGCUCGAAAGAUCAAAGAGUUCUCCGGCCGUGAGAUCGCAAAGCUCCUGGCCAGUGUUCAGGCAGCUGUUUAUGGGCGGCCAGACUGUAUCUUGGACUCCAUGUUGUUUACAGAAAUCGUUGAUUAUAAGGUAACCGAGCAUCACCAAAGACUAAAGCUAGCUGCUGAAGGUGGCCAUCCUGUUUAGCUGAGGAAUUUUUUCAUCGUAACAUCACUUGCAGGGAAGAGCCAUCAUUUUUACCUCAUUUUUUACCUCAUUUUUUACCCAUUAUGUAGCAUACAAACACUACAAUUCUGUAGUCAAAAUAUUCAUUCAUGGGUUAAAAAAAACUCAAAGCUA